AUGAGUACAGCUACAACAUCAACUACUAGAAGCCGGACAACCAUUGAUUAUGAUCCGGAAGAAGACUGUUUCCGCGACCAUCGAGGCCCUCCAUAUCGAUUUCAAGAUCAUAUUCGUCGACUACGACGCACUGCGGUGCCAACCCAACCAGAUUGCUUGGUUGAGCAGCCAGGUCUUAUUGCAACACAGCUGCCUCGUCCUAAAAUUAUCUUUGAACCGAACACCAAGCACGAAGACUAUCAAGUCCCAAUCGAUCCUCCUGUUUCAGCUUACUCUGUAUUCCCGUUUCUGGGGCAAACGAAACACUUACGAUUUCCCUCCGAAUCACUCGAUCUAGGGUAUGAUACUAAGGGAGAGCUUGAACAAUAUCUGCACGAUGUACAAUGCGCAAAAUCAUGCAACAUUCUUACAACAUGGCUUCCGUUGGCCAGAGUCAACAUUGAGAACGAUGAAGGUCUCGAAUUUCCUUCUACUGUGCUACGAUGGCAGGCGCUAGCCCUUCGUAAACUAGAAGCCGAUGAGAUGCCAGUUCUUUCAGAAAACACUACGCAUGGUCAGGACUUCACCACAAAGCCUUGUACACCAUCACAGCUUAGGGAGAUAUUCUCUUUGGGCACUUAUUCUCGUACAUACCCGGAACCAGUAUCCCCUCCAAUUUCUCCUAUAUCUGAACCAUACGAACCGUUCGUCCCUGAUCCCGAUGUAUCGAUCAUAGAUUUGACUUCAGAGCCAAGCAGUCCUAUCAAUGAGAAUAUAGAGAAAAUGGAAUUGGGUGUCGAGGAUGAUCGUCUCGACUCUGACCCAGCUAGCCCGUCGUGCAUCUUUGGUCCUCCCCCAACGGCCAGGGCUGCUUUUCUCGGCACGAAGUCGAGCAAACUAUCGGAACUCAAGUUAGACCUACCAUUGCUAUCAUCUAGUCCUGGAUCUAGCUCUAAGUCGGAUCAUAUGAUUGCAACCCUGACACCAAGUGCAAUAGAUCCCGAGGCUUCAUUCCAAGCUACAGUUGAACAAGGGGGGUUCUUUGAAGAGGCAUUUCAAACUUUCUUAGACAGCAGACAUCACGAAGCGAACCAACUAUUGGAACAAGAGCGACCAAACCCGGCGAAUACUCUGUUACGUUUACCAAUACCGGUAUUGGAUUUUGAUAUACCAGUUCCCGAAUGGAGUGCCCAUCUAUCAAGCUCGAAAGAUCACUUCAGCUGGCUCGCUCAGACACUUUCGUCUGCCUUUCAUCUUCCAUGCUUUGAAGGAUUGAGUUCUUUGAAUUCGUCACUCAAAUGGACUCCGAUCCCUCCUGGAAGCGGACGAGUUUCAUUGACUGAAGCAGCGGUGCAGCUGAGCCCGCUCAGUAAGGAGCUACUAAGCCUACAGCCGUCCCAGUUAUGCAGCCGAGAUUAUGUCGUUUUGCGGUCGAGACCUAUGGUGCUAAAGUUUUUGCACGAUGAAGAUAUUGAACUGGAAUUGGAAAAUGAUUCGGCAAUAUCCCAUUCAGUUCAGGAAGAGAGCCAUACUAUUUCAGCACCCGUCAACAAAGCACACGAACCGGUGAGAACACAAUCUCUGGACGACUUACUUGGAGCAAAGCGCCAGUCCUUGAGAGUUCGGGCUGAUUCGAAAGGAAAGAAGCGGUUGUUGAUUGAUGGCAGCUCAACUGGCGCAAGCAGUUUGUUAUCCAACUUCAUACAGCUCCGGCAACCGAAGAAGUUGAAGACCAGAGGUGACACUCCUCCACCUACUUCACAACUUACAUCAAAGUCUCAGGCCACUACUACAAGCGCAAGAAGCGUCACGCGAGAAGUACAAAGAGAACCAAAGGAGGCUCCAUCUCCAGUCCUUAGUAUACCUACGGGGGAUUAUCGUUACAUUGUUUCUAUGGAGUUGAGCCGGAAAGUUUUAUCUUUCAUAGAGAAGUCCUGGCCACAUGUCGAACUCGUCGAUCGAGACUUCACGCAGUACAAUGAGGUUUCUUGGUCUCCGGGGUCGACUCAAAGAAAUAAAGUAGUUUCUCCAUUGGCCUUUGAGGCCGACAUAUCUUUAUGUCCUGCAGCCGGCCUCAUCAUGACCACCAUACUCAGAGUUAAGCAGAAAUCCCUUCCCGGAUCAACCGCUCUCUCAGCUCUUCGUGAGCGAGUGAAGCUCGUGAGCCAGAAAUAUGAAUAUCUCUUCAUAUUGGUGUCUGAGACAAAUCCUCAGGGCGAGUACGUUGGAUCACCAACUGCUUCUGAUCUGGCUGGUUAUGCCGAUUUUGUCCGCUUCACCACAGGUCUUCAAGCAGGUAUCUCGACAUUUCUGGUCUCUGGGGCAGAGGAGACACUUGCCAAAUGGGCAUUGUCUAUCAUGUCACAAUACUCCUCAGCAGCGAACCAGUUCGGGCAAUUUCUUGAUUUUCGAGAUGGUGAAUGGAGCAUGUUCUUCCGUCGUGCUGGCCUCAAUAUCUGCGCAGCGCAAGUCAUGGCGGAACUGCUUUGGUCUGAGUAUGGGCAGUUUGGACUAACAAACUUUCUGAAGAUGAGGGCGAAUGAUAGAGUAUCAAAAUAUGGCCAAAUCUUGGGAGGCAGUAGAAUCAUGGGCAAUGUAUCUGGAAUCUUGGACCAAGAGUGGUUCUAA